UUACCUUCUGGCGAUUAUCUACUAGUUGUGAUUGACUACUUCAGUAGAUACAAGGAGGUCGAAAUAUUGCGGAAAAUAACAGCUGGUGAGACGGUAGAGAGACUGGAACGGAUUUUUGUUAGGUUGGGCUAUCCUCACACUAUUACGUUGGAUAACGGGCGCCAAUUUAUAAGUACGGAAUUUGAAAAGUAUUGUACGAAUCGAGGAAUCUUUUUGAACAGAACAACGCCGUACUGGCCUCAGGAAAAUGGCCUCGUCGAACGUCAAAAUCGCUCGCUUCUCAAGAGGUUGAAAAUUAGUCAGGCGUUAAAUAGAGAUUGGAAGACAGAUCUAUCGAUUUACUUGAACAUGUAUUAUUCUACGCCUCAUAGUACUACCGGAAAAACUCCAAGCGAACUUUUGUACGGUCGAAACAUUAGAACGAAACUUCCAUGUCUUGAUGACAUAGGAUCUACUCCACAAUAUACCGAUUAUAGAGAUAAAGACCAGCAAAUGAAAUUGAAAGGAAAAGAAAACGAAGAUAGUCGACGUCAUGCAGUACCUUCUCAGAUUAAAAUUGGAGAUCAAGUAUUGAUGAAAAAUAUGCUUUCGGGCAAUAAAUUAAGUUCAACUUUUAAUCCAGAGAGGAUGAUUGUAACCGGUAAACAAGGUUCAAGAUUAACUGUUCAGAAUGCCAAGACUGGUAAGAUGUAUGAUCGGAACACCUGUCAUGUUAAGAAAACUUUCCCAGCUGAUUUUCCGACUGAAAAUCAAUUGAAUCCAAAUAACGAUCUAGCAGAGGCAACACAACCGGUUCCCGAUAUCGCUGACGAUGUAGCUCAUCAAGAUAGCGCUGAGUUGUCAGAUGGUCAUCGUUCUGGACAUCUCAGUGGAAACCAAACCGAGGUUGCUUAUGAAUCUUUGAACUCGAGACCUCGUCGUGUUAUUAAGGCUCCUGCCAGAUUCGCAGGUUAUGACAUGAGUGAUUAAUUUGUAUUUGUAUUGGAAGGGAGAUGUGGUAGCGUACUACUACUAAUAUAAUAUUGUUUCAGUCAUACCUAUGUAUACAUUGAUAGUCCUU